AUGUUUGGGAGCAGCCCUACCCCAUCCUUUGUCGACUCGGUGCAGCUGGGCCCAUCGCCGCCCACAACCGAGCUGUGCGACCAGCACAUGGGCCCGGUGGACUGUGUGGACGAUGCCGGCAUCACGAUAAUGGAGCCAGGGCUGCUCAGGGACUUUGGCGGGCGGAUCAGGUUCCACGGGCAGGCCAUGACGGUCAAGUGCUACGAGAGCAACGUGCUGAUCAGUCAGCUGCUGGACUCGCCAGGGCACGGCCGCGUGCUGGUGGUGGACGGCGGCGGCAGCCGGCGGUGUGCGCUGCUGGGCGACCGGCUGGCGGGCCUGGCAGCCAAGAAUGGGUGGGCCGGCGUCAUCGUCCACGGCUGCGUGCGGGACACCGCUGCACUGGGGGAGAUAGAGGUGGGGAUCAAGGCGCUGGCGCCCUGCCCCCUCAAGUCCAGCAAGCGCGACCCCGGCCUCAAAGCGGUUCGCGUGGUGAUUGGCGGGGCGCUGGUGCGGCCAGGCGACUGGGUGUAUGCUGACGAGGACGGCGUGCUGGUCAGCAGGGAGGCGCUGCCGUACUGA